AUGGAACGCGACGAGGAGUCAUUGAAAGAUGGGCAAUACCAUCUGAUCGAGGAUGGGCCGUACUCGUCUGUCUCGCGCAUUUGGACCACACUCGAAGGGCAGCGCGACACGCCCCAGUGGAUCGUCGCCAAGUCUGCGACGAAUCGGAAAUCUCUUGCGAAGGAGCCGCACGACAUAGUGAAAGAGCUCAGAGUUCUCUCCAGUCUGAACCACGAGAACAUCGUACCAGUCUUGUCUAGCUUCAGCGAUGCGACGGCCCGUAUCCUGACCAUAUACCUUCCGUACAUACCCCACUCACUGGAGAAGCUGCUUUCUUCCCCAUCCUUUUCGCCGUACUCUCUCCCUCGCGCUGGACUUCCCGCAGUCUUGAACCCCGCGCAAGAGUCUGAGAUGCUCGUUCUGGCCAAAUCAGUCGCAGCUCAGACUUUACAAGCACUGAAAUACCUGCACGCUCUCGGGAUCUCGCACCGUGACCUGAAGCCGGCCAAUAUCCUCCUCACACACGAGGCACACGUAGUGCUGAUUGACUUUGGCGUCGCGCGGGAUGCGGUGGGAGAUUGCUCCGACGACAUGUGGCCAGAAGCACCCGAUGGCCUUUAUUUCGAGGUGUGUACUGGUCCCUACCGCGCGCCAGAACUUUUGUUCGGUGUGCGAUCUUACGAGCCCGCAUGUGUUGACCUCUGGAGCUUCGGGACCAUCCUGGCAGAGAUGUUCACCACAUUACGGCUGGAUUCGGAAUCAUAUUCAUACGACAACGGGGAAGCAGUGCCCAGCGCCCAGCCGGACGAUCAGCCCUUCGUCGUUCCAGGAUCUGUUCGAGUCGGUCAGCCAGAGACUGCCUGGGCUCGAGAUCCUCUAUUCAACGGAUACCGAGGAGAGCUUGCGCUGAUAUGGAGUAUCUUCAAAAUGAGGGGAACUCCGACGGAUGAGACAUGGCCUGGAUUCACCCAACUCCUGGGUUCAUCGAGCGUCGAUUUCAAAGUCGUUCCUGCUGUCGAUCUGAAAACAAUGCUGUCAAAUCGACCUGCGAAUGCUGACCAACUGCUGCAUCUGCUGGACAUGUUCUUGGUGUAUUCUCCGGCGCAACGAAUGUCAGCAGCCGAGGCACUGCAGCACAGAUGGUUCUCCGAGCAGCCCUGCGCGAACAAUGACCUCGGAGAUGUCCUGACACGAUUGUUGGUAUAG